AUGUUCCUCGAGUUCUUAGUCUGGUUUCUUCUCCUUGGACUGAAAUCUGUAGCUUCACAACAGGAAGAUGUUGGUUUCACCUACAAUGGAUUUCAAGGAGUUAACAUGAGCUUGGACAGCUUAGCACAGAUUACAGAUAAUGGCCUCCUGAUGUUGGUUAACAAUACUAAUCAACAGGUGAGUCAUGUUUUCUUCCCACAUCCAAUUCACUUCAGCAAUUCAUCCACUGGCAAUGCUUUAUCCUUCUCUACUACUUUUGUUUUUGCCAUUGGUAAAACCAGAUUUGGUGGCCCUGGAAUGGCAAUCGUGAUUGGAACCUCAAGAGAAUUCCCAGAUGCUUUGCCAAGCGGUUAUUUCGGGCAUUUCAACAUGACCAACAUCAGCAAACCAUCCGACCAUGUCAUCGCAAUCGAGCUCGAUUGCCUCCAAAACAAGGAGUUCAACGACAUUGAUGGAAACCAUGUUGGUAUUGAUAUCAAUGACUUGAAAUCUGUUCAAUCUGCACCUGCGUCUUACUUCAGUGAUAAAGAAAAUCGGUAUGUGAACCUAAGCCUCACCAGUGGACAACCCUUGCAACUCUGGGUGGAAUAUUAUGGUGCAGAGAAUCAACUUAAUGUAACUUUAGCUCCUAUUAACGUCCCUAAACCAACCACUCCACUCUUGUCCUUGAAAAUUGAUCUUUCUCAGUACAUUGUGGAUCCCAUGUAUGUGGGAUUCUCCUCAGCUACAUACCUCUUGCCAAUAUCCUAUUAUGUUUUGGGAUUGAGUUUUAAAAUGAAUGGCGAAGCAAGAGAACUCACUCUCUCCCAGCUUCCUAAGCUUCGUCAAACAAGACAUAAAAUGAGACCUAGGCUUUUUAUUGUUGCAUUUUCCGUAAUAGGUGUUACUUCAGUGUUAAUUUCAAUCUUCAUCCUCCAAUUUAUUGCAAAAAAGAAGAAAAAGUUUGCCCAAGUGCUUGAAGAUUGGAAGCUUGAUUAUUAA